CUAACCCCCAAACUGUGGGACAUGAGCCCUCUCUUCAAGCCCUGACUGUGGAGUGUGCGACUGACUCUGAUCCCCAGUGUUCUCUCUGGUGAUGUCCCACAGUUCUGCCCUCGGUUUCCUUCCAAUGUGUCCCAGUUCCUCUGUCCCUUGCGAGCUACACAGGCCACCCAGGGUCUGGUGUGGGCCAUGAGUGUAGAAGAUGGGGGUAUGCCAGGCCUUGCCCGUCCAAGACAGGCUCGCUGGACCCUGAUGCUCUUCCUGUCCACUGCCAUGUAUGGUGCCCAUGCACCAUUCUUAGCACUGUGCCACGUGGAUGGCCGAGUGCCCUUCCGGCCCUCCUCAGCUGUGUUACUCACUGAGCUGACCAAACUCCUCUUAUGCGCCUUCUCCCUCCUGGUGGGCUGGCAAACAUGGCCCCAGGGCACACCACCCUGGCGCCAGGCUGCACCUUUUGCACUAUCGGCCCUGCUCUAUGGCGCCAACAACAACCUGGUGAUCUACCUGCAGCGUUACAUGGACCCCAGCACCUAUCAGGUGCUGAGCAAUCUCAAGAUUGGAAGCACAGCUCUGUUGUACUGCCUCUGCCUCGGGCAUCGCCUCUCGGCGCGUCAGGGGUUGGCACUGCUGCUGCUGAUGGCUGCGGGAGCCUGCUAUGCAUCCGGCGGCUUUCAGGAACCUGCCAACACCCUUCCUGGCCCCCCGUCAGCAGCCGGAGCCCGUCCCAUGCCCUUGCACAUCACUCCACUGGGACUUGCGCUCCUCAUCUUGUACUGCCUCAUCUCUGGCCUGUCAUCGGUGUACACAGAACUGGUCAUGAAGCGACAGCGGCUGCCCCUGGCUCUCCAGAACCUCUUCCUCUACACUUUCGGGGUGAUCCUGAACCUUGGACUCUAUGCUGGCAGUGGCCCAGGCCCAGGCUUCUUAGAGGGUUUCUCCGGAUGGGCGGUGCUUGUGGUGCUGAACCAGGCAGUAAACGGACUGCUCAUGUCAGCUGUCAUGAAGCAUGGCAGCAGCAUCACGCGCCUCUUCAUCGUGUCCUGCUCCUUGGUGGUCAACGCCGUGCUCUCGGCUGCGCUGCUGCAGCUCCAGCUCACAGCCGUCUUCUUCCUGGCCACACUGCUCAUUGGCCUGGCUGUGUGCUUGUACUAUGGUAGUCCCUAAGGCCCUGACCACCCCCACCCUCACUUGUGGCUGUGUAGAUUAGAUGCGACCACCAGAGCCACCUCCCAUGUCACCACCACACCCCACCCCAGCAGCCCUGUAACAAGUGCCUUGUAAGAAAAGCUAAGGUGGCCAUGUUAGCCUUUGGAUGUUCAGGUGGGUGAGAGUUACCCCUAGGUGGCAUAAAGAGUGGGCUUGGUUAAGGAAACACCUAACUGCACCCCUAUAGUCCUUCAUAAUAAAGAACUGGAAGCCCCAAACCCAGGCCUGGGCAGCCUGUCCCUGAGGAACCCUGCCUUGUCCUGCAUGAACAUGGCUACUUCAAGUCAAGUUUCGCUCUUCUCCCCUGCGUGGUCACUCCUGCCCUGAGGCUUGGUGCUGGCUGCUCCAGCCUAGCAUGACUUCCACAUCAGGUAUUUUAGUUUGCCUGCUCCACAGCCUGUUCCUCUUACCCAGCCAUUAUUUUGGAAAGGUCAGAGGGGGCUGGUUCUUGACUCACUUCAGGGAACAUUGUCCCUGGGCCCUGGCUUAAGCCUACACUCCUAACCCUGUGCUAACUCGGGGGCCCUGUUGAAGCUCACUUCACCGCUGAGGCAUUUGGGAGGGACUGUUUUUCCCACUCUUGCCCCUUCUAGUGUGUCCCAGCUCCCAACAGCCAGGAACGGCUCUGCAGAGUAACCAGGGACCAGGUACAGAAAACGUUUAUAGCUAAUCAGUGUCCAACUACUUAAGCAAUAAGGUCUUAAUAAAGUGUUCAGGUGUAGGGUGCUUCCUACAACCAUUCACA